AUGGAUUUCUAUUCAGAAAAUUCAAGAAGUCUGGAGAAUGUCAAUCAUCAAUCAGCUGCAAACAAGGGAUUUUGUUCCACCUGGGGCAAUGGACAUAUCUCAACUUUUGAUAAACACCUGUAUGAAUUCUCUGGGACUUGCAAUUAUAUAUUUGCCAGUGAGUGUGAUACAGUCUCCCCGGACUUCAACAUACAGUUCCGCCGUGAUAAGAAAAACAAAAUCACAAGAAUCAUAAUUGAGAUGGGAUCCACUGUUGUCAUGGUUGAAAAGGGUAUUGUGUCAAUUAAAGAUGUUGGCAUAAUCAGGCUGCCGUAUACCAGAAAUGGAAUUCAGAUUGCACCUUUUGGCCACAACGCUCAUCUGUCAGCCAAGCAGCAGGAGAUGGAGCUAGAGGUUUCUUGGAAUGAUGACUAUCUCAUGGUUUCGAUUGAGGAAAAAUACAUGGGUAGAACAUGUGGACUGUGUGGGAACUACGAUGGACAAGAACUAAAUGAGUUUCUGAGUGAAGGUCAACUGCUGGAGCCAUAUAAAUAUGCUGCCUUGCAAAAAAUGGAUGAUCCUACUGAGAUCUGCCCACUUGAGCAGAUGGCAGUCUCCAAUGUUCCUCACAAGAAAUAUGCCAGGAUCUGUGCCAACCUUCUAAACAAUGUGUCUUCAUCAUGCAAUGUCUCAAGGAAAGGGUUUGUCAUCCGUUGCCAACUCGAUAUGCAACACUGCAGAAAUCCAGGGCAGAUAAACUGUACUUGUGCUACCCUUUCAGAAUACUCCAGACAGUGUGCCAUGUCCCAUCAGAAAGUGUCUGACUGGAGGAGCAGUGACUUCUGCUCUCUAAAAAGAUGUCCAGCUAACCAAAUUUAUAGAGAGUGUGGUUCUCCCUGUCUGAAAACAUGUUCCAAUCCAGAGUACAGCUGUGCCAGCUACUGUACAUAUGGCUGUUUCUGUCCAGAAGGUACUGUUCUAGAUGAUAUUUCAAGAAACCGAACAUGUGUUCCUAUUGAGCAGUGCCCAUGUACUUUGAAUGGUGAAAAAUAUUAUCCUGGUGAUGUUAUGAAAGCACCAUGUAGAACCUGUAAAUGUGAAACGGGCCAGUGGAGCUGCAGAGAACUUCCAUGUCCAGGCACAUGUUCCUUAGAAGGAGGUUCAUUUGUCACCACUUUUGACUCUAGGCCAUACCGUUUCCAUGGAGUAUGCACCUAUAUUCUUAUGAAGAGUCCAAUGUUGCCAAACAAUGGAACCUUGAUGGCUAUAUAUAAAAAAUCUGGAUAUUCCAGUUCUGAGACAUCACUAAAUGCUAUCAUUUAUGUCUCUUCACAAGACAAAAUUGUAAUUUCCCAAAAUCAAAUCUUAGCUAGUGAGGAUGAACUUAAGUGGUUGCCUUAUAAAUCUGGGGACAUCACGAUCUUCAGACAAUCAUCUACUCACAUUUACAUGUACACGGAAUUUGGGCUAGAGCUGAUCAUUCAAAUUCUGCCAGUGUUACAAGUUUAUAUUAAAGUUGGACCUCAGUUCAAAGGCAAAACUCAAGGAUUGUGUGGUAACUACAACGGAGAAACUUCAGAUGAUUUCUUAACCAGCAUGGACAUUGUUGAAGGAACAGCACCUCUCUUUGUGGAUUCCUGGAGAGCAGGGAAUUGUCACCCUGCCUUAGAAAGGGAUACAGAUCCUUGUUCUAUGAGUCAAUUGAACAAAAUGUGUGCUGAAACUCACUGCUCCAUUCUUUUAAAGAAGGGAUCAUUAUUUGAGAAGUGUCAUCUGGCGGUGAAUCCUGUUCCAUUUUAUAAGAGAUGUGUAUACCAAGCCUGCAACUAUGAGGAGACCUUUCCUUAUAUUUGUUCUGCACUGGGAUCAUAUGCACGAGCGUGUGCUUCCAUGGGACUGAUUCUCAAGAACUGGAGAAGCAGCAUAGACAACUGUACUAUCUCUUGUACUGGAAAUCAAACAUUCAGCUACAACACUCAGUCCUGUGACCGGACAUGCUUGUCUCUCUCCAAUCGAGAUUUAGAAUGCCACUCCACUGACAUCCCUAUAGAUGGCUGCAAUUGUCCAAAAGGGACCUACCUGAAUCACAAAAAUAAAUGUGUGCGUAAAUCUCAGUGCCCUUGCCACUUGGAAGACAGACAGAUCAUUGAGGCUGAUCAGUCAGUCAUUAUUGGUGGAAUUACCUGCUACUGUAUCAAUGGGAAUCUGAGUUGUACUGGCAAAGCUAUAAACCCUGCAGAAAACUGCAGGCCACCCAAAAAUUAUAUAUCAUGCUUAGCAACCUCAGGAAACAAAUAUGGAGCUGCCUGUGCACCAACAUGCCAGAUGCUGGCUACUGGAACAGAAUGUGUUCCCAUCAGAUGUGAAUCAGGCUGUGUUUGUGCUGAUGGGCUAUAUGAAAAACUAGAUGGUACGUGUGUGCCAGCUGAUGAAUGCCCUUGUGAAUAUGGUGGCAUUUCUUAUGCAAAAGGGGAGGAAAUUCACACAGAAUGCAAAACCUGCACCUGCACAAGAGGAAAAUGGAAAUGCUUCCAGAAAUCUAAGUGCUCCUCAACAUGCAGCCUCCAUGGGGAAGGUCAUAUCACCACAUUUGAUGGACAACGCUUUGUUUUUGAUGGCAACUGUGAAUACAUACUAGCUAUGGAUGGUUGUGGCAUGAGUGGAUCAAACCAUACUUUUAAAAUGGUGACCGAGAAUGUCAUCUGUGGGAAUACAGGGGUUACAUGUUCCAGAUCCAUCAAGGUCCACAUAGGGGACAUGAUGAUGAUUUUGGCAGACAGAACUUACACUGUCUCUGGUGUGAAUCCACUGAUAAAAUACUUUGUAAAAGAGAACAGCCUCCACUUCAUCAUUGACAUCAUAAUCCCUGGCAAGUACAAUAUAGUCCUCAUCUGGAACAGGCACAUGAACAUAUUCAUCAAAAUCUUCAGAGAAGCACAGGAUCUCCUCUGUGGUUUAUGUGGCAAUUACAAUGGUAAUAUAAGAGAUGACUUUGAAACCCGAAGUAAAUAUGUGGCCUCAAAUGAACUGGAAUUUGUGAAUUCCUGGAAAGAGAAUCCUGUCUGUGGGGAUGUGUUCUUUGUGGUUGAUCCAUGUAGCAAGAAUCCCUAUCGCAAAGCAUGGGCAGAAAAGAAGUGCUCUAUCAUCAACAGUAAAGUAUUUGCUGCCUGCCACAGCAAGGUAUACCGCAUGCCUUAUUAUGAAAAUUGCGUCCGGGAUUCAUGUGGAUGUGACACUGGAGGAGACUGUGAAUGCAUGUGUGAUGCCAUUGCAGUGUACGCAAAAGCUUGCUUAGAUGUUGGUGUCUGCGUCGACUGGAGAGCCCCAGAAUUCUGUCCUGUCUACUGUGAUUAUUUCAACACCCACCAGAAAAUCGGCAUGCAGGGCACCUAUUAUAAUUAUAUUGAUGAACUGAAUUGUACCUGGCAUUACCGUCCCUGUAACUGUCCAUUACAAUUACAAAGCUAUAAAUACGCCAAUGUUGAAGGCUGUUACAACUGUUCACAAAAUGAAUACUAUGAUCAUCAAACCCAGUCCUGCGUGCCCUGUGCUCCUUCAACCACUCCACCACCAAGCACAACAGCUCCCACAACUACAUUACCAGUAACAACAGGAAUUUCAUCGCCAAGAACAAAACCACACUCAACCAAAACAACAAAAACACAACAAACGACACCAUACCCACAUACAAUCAGAACAGCCACACAGACAUACACCACACCGAAAACAGCCCCAAAAGACCUCACCACAACCAGAAAACCAACUUACACCACAAAAUUACAAAUAUCAUCCACAACGAUAAGCACACCAAGCCCAAUACCCACUAAACCACCAAGCACAUCCCAAAAACCACAACACAUAACAAAGACAACAAUACGUGGGACUACUCAAACCACAACUUCCAUGUCCACAUCCACCAAUACGCCGCUCGAGCAGUGUCCCUUCCAUCCCAGAAGGCGACUCUGCCCCAGCACCCGGACCUCUAAGUUGCUGGUGCUCCGCUCUCCUUGGCUGCUCCGCAAAUCUUUGCUGCCCCCUCCUAACCGGAACUUGUAUCCUAUUGCAGCCACCACUUCUCCAACGACCACAGCUCCUAGCAGCACCACGCGCACGUCACCGACCUCAUCUUCGGCCACGACAUCAAGUACCACCACGUCAACGGAGUCUGCCACCACCAGCACAACAAGAACCAGUCCCACGGCGCCCAGCAGCCCUGUCCCCACACACUCCACCACUGCGCCGCCCACCACGCAAACAACCCCCACCCCACCAACCUCCCCCACCGCGCCUUCCACUACAUCCACCAGCAUUAGUACAGCCACUUCCACAAGCACAAUGCCGCCCAGCACGUCCCCAAGAAGCCCACAUCCCACCACGAGGACCACAGUCCCACCGACUACCCCCACCCCAACCUCCACGUCCACUUCCACCAGCAUGCCGGUGAGCACGCCCACCAGUACCACGCCCACAACCGCCACCCCCCGCACUACCAAAUUGCCUACGACACACACCACGUCGACCUCUUCUACCACCACCAUCAAAGGCAGUACUGUUUAUGAGUGUGACAGAACACUUGCAUUUAUCUAUAGGUGUGGUCGUCAUUUUGAAUUGCUAGACAACUAA